AUGCUGACUGCACUCACGGAUCGCAUGCAAGCGCUCGAGGCGUCGCAGAUGCAGAUCGAAGAGGAAAAGCGACUGCGAGGCGCGAUCGGCAGUGUCUUUUUUGCAUCAGAGCUGGGACGCGGCAUGGGCGGUGCGACUCUACAUCGUGACGCGCUAGUAAAUGAUGCUCCGAGGCAGCCGCGUGGACGUGUUCGCGUAACGCAACCAGGUGACUCGCUAUUCCAGCAGUUCAUUCCACAGUAUGUCGGUCCGCGACAUCCAGCGGGCGCUGCUCGACCACAGGCGCCGCGCUAUGCGCCAGUGUCGCCUCCAGAUUUUGAAGACGCUCAUGCGCCUGUGCCACCAACGCAGCAGGCACCGACGAAAGAGUUGCCGUUGAGUUUCCCGGAAGCACGCCAACUUAAGCUUGCUCUUCGCAAGUUUGAUGGUACAGAAAUGUACCAGGGACUCGGAUCGGGUUUUGCUGACUGGGGUCGCACGUUCUUGCGCCAAGUCAGUAUGGCGCAGCAGGCCUGA